UAGGUGUACGCGGCCGAUCCUCUCCCCCCUCUUUUUUAUCUCCACCUCGUCUCCGCGUUCAAAAAACCCCCAAAUCGAUUGCCUCCGCGCGAUUCCGUUUCCGAUCGAAGGAGAAAAAAGGGCGAAAAAAGAGAAUCUAGUUACUAUUAAUAUAAAACAAAAUGUCUCGGGAGGAGAAUGUCUACAUGGCCAAGCUGGCAGAGCAGGCCGAGCGGUACGAGGAAAUGGUAGAGUUCAUGGAGAAGGUGGCCAAGUCUGCCGACACUGAAGAACUCACUGUAGAGGAGCGCAACCUCCUCUCUGUUGCCUACAAGAACGUGAUCGGGGCCCGCCGCGCCUCGUGGCGCAUAAUCUCCUCCAUUGAGCAAAAGGAGGAGAGCCGCGGGAAUGAGGACCACGUUGCCCUUAUCAAGGAGUACCGCGGCAAGAUCGAGGCCGAGCUCAGCAAGAUCUGUGAUGGCAUCUUGAAGCUGCUUGAUUCUCAUCUUGUACCGUCCGCGACCACCGCAGAGUCUAAAGUGUUUUAUCUGAAGAUGAAGGGUGAUUAUCACAGGUAUCUUGCGGAGUUCAAGACUGGAGCUGAAAGGAAGGAAGCUGCUGAGAGCACACUUCUGGCCUACAAGUCUGCUCAGGAUAUUGCUUUGGCUGAACUGGCCCCUACUCAUCCGAUCAGGCUCGGCCUGGCACUCAACUUCUCCGUGUUCUAUUAUGAGAUCCUGAACUCGCCAGAUCGUGCUUGCAAUCUUGCAAAACAGGCUUUUGAUGAGGCAAUCUCGGAGUUGGACACUUUGGGCGAGGAAUCGUACAAGGAUAGCACAUUGAUUAUGCAACUCCUACGAGAUAACUUGACCUUAUGGACCUCUGAUAUCACGGAUGAAGCUGGGGAUGAGAUCAAAGAAGCCCCCAAACGCGAGUCGGCAGAGGGGCAGUAAACGAUUCGUUCGAAUGGCAUCAGGAACGAAGUUGCUAGAACUCUCUUCGUAUGUCUGAGUUGUUGGAACAAUGUAUUAUGAUGAAUUCUUGUUUCUAUUUGGACAUAAUGGUGGAAAGUCCUCACGUUUGCUUUGGGAUAUUGCUACCAAUGAUCAUGGUUUUGUCUGUGUAUGUCGACAUUCUAUUUGGCCUUAGGUUUUAUUGAUAUUUUCUGCUGCUUACAACCCAGCUGUUUUGUGGUGUUUCUCAUUCUACUCUUGAUGAAAUGGCUUUCUUUGUAGGACU